CUGUUUUGGUUUAUUUACGGAAAUGACAAUCAAAACAAUGGAGGAGUGAUAUGACGAUUUUUAAUCAAGAAAAAUGACACUAUGGCAUCUGCACAUCGACGAAAAUAUAGGACAAGAUCAUCAAAAAAGUAUUGCGAUGAAAAGUUCUGUUGCUUGACAGAAGGUGCUUUUGCUGUAUUUGUUUGCUCCCAGUGCAAAACGAACCAAUGUGAGAACUGCGAUUCAUCUUUACAUAAAUCGAAACUUGAGUUUAGUUUCCAUGAUAGACAGCAGAUUGAGCUUCCACCAUACGAAGAAUUGUGUCAGAUAGCAUCCCUACUUAACAAUCUUGACUGUGAAGACAGAAAUUUUGCAGAUCUCCAUUGUGACAACUGUGAAAGAAAUUUCUGUUUCCAGUGUUUUGACAUUUAUCAUAAAGAUAGCAGAAAAACUCACAGAAAAUACACAUUCAAGGAAUUCAAGCAUAGGCAAUCAGAAUCCACCCCUGAGGCAAUAAAACCUAUUUCGCCUUUAGAAGCAGAUGAUGAUUCUUUGACAUUUCUGUCUUGUCCACAGGUUUCAGAAAGCUUUGAAAGCAUGAUGUCAUACAACAGUUUUCAUUCUGACACAAGUCAGACCAGUAUACCAGAUAUACUACCGGAGUCGGCACAGACCAACUCUGACAUGUUUGCAUUGACAAGAGCUCUGGAAGAGAGCCAGAUCGAUGACCGUUACCUGGAUUGUGAAAGUUUCUUACUAGUGGACGAACAAGAAUGUCUUCAGUUAACAGAUGAAGAUGACUUUGUACACAAACUAAAAUGUGAUAGGGAUGAUCUUUUGAAAGUUGUUUCCAUAUUUGGGAACACAGGCGAUGGAAAGUCUCAUACACUGAACCACACAUUCUUUGGGGGAAAACAAGUCUUUAAGACCUCAGCUCAUCAAGCCUCGUGUACAGUCGGAGUUUGGGCAUCCUUUGACAAAGACAACAAUGCUAUCAUUGUUGACACUGAAGGUUUGCUUGGUGUAACAACAAACCAGAACCAGAGGACCCGCUUGCUUCUGAAAUUACUGGCGGUUUCUGAUGUGGUCAUCUAUAGGACGAGAGCAGAGAGACUUCAUAAUGACAUGUUCUACUUUCUCAGUGAUGCAUCCAAGGCAUACAGCAAGCACUUUACUGAGGAGCUGAGAGCUGUGACAAAGAGGAAUAAGAUGUCACUUGAUGUCAGUAACCUUAGCCCAGCUGUGGUCAUCUUCCAUGAAACACAAAAUACUAAUAUAAUAGGAAAGUCAGGAGAGGGAGCAGAGACUACACUGCGGGAGAGAUUUAAGGAGUUAGACUGUUCACUUGACUUCAGUGACCUGAAAUACGUGGGUACGAGGACAGCUCGGGACCAGCUCACAGAUUUUAGCAAGCUGCGGCGCGCAGUACAGGAACAACUCAACAACAACACUAUCCGGUCUCCUAGAAAACCUGGCAUUGUCUAUCACACAUUCCAGAUUUUGAAUGAUAAGUUCAGUGGUGAGAUCGAGAAGCACACGUACGAGACAUUUCCGGACCAGUACUUCACGUGUAGUGCCAGGUGCCAAUCUUGCGGGACACGGUGUGCACGGAGCAUGAACCACAGUGUUGGGGAAGAGGACCACGUUGCAGAGAAGGGAACCAAGUGUAAAUACCAACACCAGUUUGAAAACAAGGUCUACUACUGUAAGAAAUGCUACCGAGAUGGUAAACAAGUCAGGGUUGUCCCCAAAACAUCUUCAUCCAAGGACAGCGCAUGGAUAGGAGUGGCAAAAUAUGUCUGGGCAGGGGACAUACUGGAGUGUCGUAACUGUGGGAUAAUCUACCGGAGCCGCCAGUUCUGGUACGGUAAUCCAGAUGUUGAGAAGGUCAUACAUGAGGAGGUGGCUCACGUCUGGCCAGAGGGUGAGAAGUUCCAUAUAGGGACGCACAAUGCGGCAUGGAAGUUGAUCGACGGGAUUAGUUAUAUGGCGGACUCCAUCAGUAGUGUUGGUUCCAAGCCCACAAAGGCUGUAGCUGACUGGAUGACUGACCAGAUUGCCCCGCCUUACUGGGUGCCCAAUGCCAAAAUCAAGAAAUGUAACAAAUGUGAGCGUCGCCUGUCUGAGGAGCAGAAGCACCAUUGUCGGGCUUGUGGCAAGGGCUUUUGUGAUGAAUGUUCCAGCAAGCGACGCCAUGUCCCGGAAAGAGGAUGGACAUCACCAGUCCGCGUGUGUGAUGAGUGUUUCCAAAUUAACAAAAUGACUGAUUCGACGUCCAGUACAGGCAGCGACACGCAGGUAACAGCAAGGAAGGUGGGGGAGACUGUCUCCACUGCCAUUGACGCUGUCGCCAGUGCUAUCAACUACCCUAUUGGUAUGUUGAAGGACUCAGCACGGCCUGCCUACUGGGUGCCGGAUGAAAAGAUCACCCACUGCUACAUAUGUGAGAACCCAUUUUCCAUCAAACUCCCGAUCCAUCACUGUCGGUCAUGUGGACAGGGCGUGUGUUCAGGGUGCUCGCCCAAUCAGAGGCCCGUGCCACUACGCGGGUGGGACUACCCAGUUCGGGUGUGCAAGAAAUGUGAGAAGAAGAAAGAUAAACUAUGAUUUUCUUAGAUGACCAGGAUUUUAUUUGUUAACUGACUAUUGAUGAUCCGUAGUGAACAUAAUUUGUUUUUGGUUGUAAUUAACUGCCAGUCAAAUAGGUAUUGGAUUGUUUGUGAUAUUUGGAAGUUUGUGUUGGAUCACACGAUGUUUGGCACAAAGUUGAAUACUUCGUUAAAAUGUGUUGUUGAUGAAUUAUAGCACACUUUAUUCUGUUGGAGCGCAAAUGUAACAUUGUUUUUUCCGUAUAAAGGCCUCUUACUUUGGGCAAGAAGUAUUUUGAUGUGACGUACAUGUAUUUUUUUUUUUUUUUUCUUUGCUACUUAUAUGUUUAAUUUAGUUUUAAUUGUUCUUUUAGUAACUUUAAGUAAGCUUUUCUGCAUUAAUUAAUGUUGCAUUAUGUAAAAAAGAAAGACAACCCUUUUAUUAAAACAUUCACACUUACUAGUCAAAUCACAUGGUUUGUUAAUUUUCACACUUCCCAUAUCUGUUUCUGUAUUCACACUUCCUAUAUCUGUUUCUGUAUUCACACUUUCUAUAUCUGUUUCCUUACUUUUAGCUGUAAAACAUUUGUGACUAAAUGAUAUCUAUGCAGUGUUAAUGUGCAAUUAUGUUUUUGGCUUUUAGAAAUGUGAAUGCUACAAAUGUGUUAAAUAUGAUAAAAACUGAUUGGCACUUACCUUUUAUUGUAAUAUGAAGACUGUGAGAUUAGUUGUUGAUGUAUUUUCUUGUUAAUAUCUGAUACAUGCAUUUUAGUCUAUAUCAGUGCAUAUAUUUGUAUCAUAAUUGUUUUUGUUCAUUGUUUGAAAUAUGCUCAUCUUUGAAUUUCAAAUAGUCAUUUGUUGUAAAUCAUAAAUGGCACUGUUUAGUAUACAUUGUUAAAAUAGUCACUUCACCAGUGAAAUUGUUUUGCUUUUUUGUGCUGCUAGAUUUCUCGCUUUGUGCUUCCAAUAGCAGGAUUUACUCAGAAAUGUGAUAUCUUUUACGAAUAUCUUUCUUUUUGAUUUUUUUGUGUUAUUCAUUUGCAUAAAGAUUUUAUUUUCCCCUAGGAUAUGAAUGAAGACGAUAUUAUCCCACGGGAUAUGUGUGAAGAAUGUAUAAUCCCACAGGAUAUAUAUUCAUAAAAAGACAGUAUUAUCCAACAGGAUAUGCACGAAGACGAUAUUAUCCCACGGGAUAUGUGUGAAGAAUGUAUAAUCCCACAGGAUAUAUAUUCAUAAAAAGACAGUAUUAUCCAACAGGAUAUGCACGAAGACGAUAUUAUCCCACCGGAUAUGUAUGAAGAUGUAUUAUCAUACGGGAUACGUAUGAAGUAGUUUUAUCCUAUGGGAUAUGCACGAAGACCCAGUAUUAUCCCACGGGAUAUGCAUAGCGAUGGUAUUAUCCCACAGGAUAUAUAUUCAUAAAGACGGUAAUUUCCACGGGAUAUGCAUGACAACAGUAUUUUCUGACGGGAUAUGCAUGAAGACAGUAUUAUCCAACGGGAUAUGCAUGAAGACGGUAUUAUCCCACGGGCUAUGCAUGAAGAGGGUAUUAUUCCACGGGAUAUGUAUGAAGACGGUAUUAUCCCACGGGAUAUGCAUGAAGACAGUAUAAUCCCACUGGGUAUGAAGACGGUAUUAUGCCACAUGAUGUGCAUGAAGACGGUAUUAUCCCACUGGAUAUGCAUAAAGACAGUAUUAUCCCACAGGAUAUGCAUGAAGAUGGUAUAAUCCCAUGGAAUAUGCAUGAAGAUUGUAUUAUCCCACGGGGAUAUGCAUGAAGACAGUAUUGUCCCACGUGAUAUGCAUGAAGAGGGUAUUAUCCGAAGAGGGUAUUAUCCCAAAAGAUAUGCAUGAAGAGGGUAUUAUCCCACAGGAUAUGCAUGAAGAGGGUAUUAUCCCACGGGAUAUGCAUGAAGAGGGUAUUAUCCGAAGAGGGUAUUAUCCCAAAAGAUAUGCAUGAAGAGGGUAUUAUCCCACAGGAUAUGCAUGAAGAGGGUAUUAUCCCACGGGAUAUGCAUGAAGAGGGUAUUAUCGGAAGAGGGUAUUAUCCCACAGGAUAUGCAUGAAGAGGGUAUUAUCCCACGGGAUAUGUAUGAUGACGGUAUUAUCUGACGGGAUAUGCAUGAAGAGGGUAUUAUCCCACAGGAUAUGCAUGAAGAGGGUAUUUUCCCACGGGAUAUGCAUGAAGAGGGUAUUAUCAGAAGAGGGUAUUAUCCCACAGGAUAUGCAUGAAGAGGGUAUUAUCCCACAGGAUAUGCAUGAAGAGGGUAUUAUCCCACAGGAUAUGCAUGAAGAGGGUAUUAUCCCACAGGAUAUGCAUGAAGAGGGUAUUAUCCCACGGGAUAUGUAUGAUGACGGUAUUAUCUGACGGGAUAUGCAUGAAGAGGGUAUUAUCCCACAGGAUAUGCAUGAAGAGGGUAUUAUCCCACGGGAUAUGUAUGAUGACGGUAUUAUCUGACGGGAUAUGCAUGAAGACGGUAUCAUCCCAUGGCAACUGCAUUAACUUUUUAUUUCUCCUAGCGUCAAGAAAUAAUUUGUAAAGUAAUGCAUGAAGACACUAUUGUUCACUUAGCAGUUGAGAUCUUAUUAGGUAUCUAAGUCUAAGCCAUUUGGUAACAUACACUAUUUUUCACUUAGCAGUUGAGAUCUUAUUAGGUAUCUAAGUCUUAGCCAUUUGGUAACAUACACUAUUUUUCACUUAGCAGUUGAGAUCUUAUUAGGUAUCUAAGUCUAAGCCAUUUGGUAACAUACACUAUUUUUCACUUAGCAGUUGAGAUCUUAUUAGGUAUCUAAGUCUAAGCCAUUUGGUAACAUACACUAUUUUUCACUUAGCAGUUGAGAUCUUAUUAGAUAUCUAAGUCUAAGCCAUUUGGUAACAUACCUGUUUUGUACAUGUAUUGUGCUAUUGGGUUUUAGCUCUAUAUUCUUGAAUAAUAAAAUGUCAUUAGUUUCAGAAGUAGGGAACACCCAUAGAAGCAGUAUUUGAAAUCUGUUGAAAAUUAUUUCAUGCUGAUAUUUUAUCUGCAAAAAUUGUCUUUGUUUUUUAAAACUGUUUGUGCCUUUGUUGUUGCCAUUCUUUAUUUUAAGUUGAUUUGUGAUUCCAACAAUUAAUUACUGUUUCAAUAUAAAAAAUUUACUUUAUUUUAGUAAUUGGUGCUUUGCUUCAUCUGUGAGAAGUGUUCCUGUUGUGUGUUUCACAUUCAGUACAACUUAGGUUUAAAUCUUAUUUAUAAGCUUGUCUGUUUUUCAAAGAUAAAUGUUGUGGUAGCCAUGUGUCUGUGGCAUCAUAGUUCUAAAGCUUGGCCAUAAAUCGAAAACAUUUCAAAAUGUCCACUUGGUACACAUGCUGCCAGAGACAAUCUGCACAUGUCCAGUAAGGCCCAUAACCCUGGCUGUUAUACUAAUUGAGUUAUGCCCCUUGUUUGAACUAAAGAACAAAAUCAGACAAGCAUGUCAUUUGCUCACAGGCACUUUAGCUACCAUUUUCUGAUAACAUUUGUAUGUUUGUGUCCGGGAUCUCUCAUCAUGUUUGAAAAUUGAAUUUUGGAAUUUUAAAGUAUACUUUGAUUAGGUAAUUCUAACAAAACGCUCCAUCAAUAGUUUUGUAAAGAUCAAACAUUGUUCUCAAACCGUUUAUUUUGUGAUAAUACUUUAUCCAUUCCCUCAUAUAAGACCCAAAUGGACAAGUUCAUGGUAUUCAUUUAUAAAAUGUGUAAAAUACA